AUGAACGAUGAACUAAAAAUACGACUAAACGACGUGACAGAAGAAACUGAGCCGUCUCCAGAAUUGGUGCCAGAAGACGACAGUCCACACAUUGUGCCGCCGCCUGUACCGGCAAUACCGCCCAUCAACGAUACCGGAACGAUAUUUAUACGAUAUUUGACACAUCCGCCGGAGAUUACGAUUCGACCUCGGAAUCUCCAAGUGAGAGCCAACGGGAUAGCCGCCUUUUAUUGCGCAGCUAAAGGCGACCCCAUGCCUAACAUACAGUGGCGGAAGAACGGCAAACGUGUUUCGAGUAUGCAAUCCCGAUACCAAGUGUUCAGCAUGGACGCGACGGCUGGUCCCCGUGCCAUCGGUGCAGUAUUACGCAUCGAACCGGUGCGGGCGCAACGCGACGAUGCAACUUACGAAUGCGUCGCCGAAAACGGAGUCGGGGACGCGGUCAGCGCAGUCGCUACACUGACCGUCUUCGAAGGUUUGUUCCUCUUGCGGCUCAACGGAACGACCCCCGGCCGCAUAAAACACGCUCUGCGCUGA